AUGCGCCUCUCUACCGUCUUCACCGUGGCUGCCACCGCCCAAUCCGCUAUGGGCUGUACCUUCGUAUUCUGGUUGACGCAAGAAGCAUCUUGGGGUGGCACCAACGGCGUUAGCCAUCUAGCCCGGAUCUGGGAGAGCGACGACCCCGACUUUAAGGGCACAGCCGACGCGUCCGUGGACAUUGGGUUCCAGGGAGGCUGCAACAACGUUGGGUACAAGGGACAGACAUAUGAAUUCUGCUUCGAGAGAGCCGCGAAUCACGACCUUCACGGACCCGCGACGGUCCGACGGACCAACAAUGGUGGUGGAACAAAACGCAACAUCCACCCCGAUGGACAGGAGUAUAGAGAUGUCUGGAGUGUCGGUCUGGGUAGUGUGGAUAUCCAUGCUUACUAUGUGACGGGUAUUGAAUGUCCCUCUUCGUAAUGCACUAGUUGCUUGGGGGGGGCUUUCGUUUAGGAGGUUUGAGUUGUAGGAUCGGUUG